GGAGCGGGUCAGGCAGGUACGCAUGCGUCUUGGCUCCUACUGCCACAAAUCCCGGCUGCCCCUGCGGUGAAAGGGAAGGUGGCCAACAUGGCGGGCAGACUGGGCCGGUUCCUGAAGGAGGCCUGGGCCAAGGAGCCAGUGCUGGCCGCGUCCUUCGCCGUCGGUACCCUGGCUCUGCUCGUGCCCCCCCUGAGCCCCUAUACCAAGUACGCAGGCAUGAUCAACCGUGCGACCCCCUACAACUACCCCGUUCCCGUCCGAGAUGAUGGCAACAUGCCCGACAUCCCCAGCCACCCCCAGGAUCCCCAGGGGCCUUCUCUCCAAUGGCUGAAGAAUCUGUGAAUCCUCCACCUGCCCCCUGUCCCCCAAUAAACAUCCUGUCUUCUCCUGGA